ACCCGGGUGGCACGUUCCAACGAAGCAGGGACAACAAGAACGCUCCUCUCUGCGAGAUAUGAUUCAACAAAAGUUCAAGCAAGAGAUGCUUGCUAAACCUCAAGAAGAAAUGUUGACUAUUCAAGCUAAAAAUACCACGUUGCAUCGGAAUGGUCAAAACUUGAGACCAGCUGCUAAAAAGGGCCGCAACUCCAAGACACCGGGCCAUGAAAGGGAGGCAGCGGGUCACUUUGUGACCUCCUUGCCUACCGAGGAAGGCUUGCCACAGCUGGACUUGUUAGCUCUCAAGUCUCCGAAGCCUGACGUAGAAAACCAGACUGAGAUUCAAGCCCUCAGACGACCCCUGAAACUUGCCCCGCUGGAGCUGCCAGAGAAGGUGAAGGAGGCUCAGAAGGAAAAGCUUAAGUUUAUCCACCAAGAACCCAACCCAGCCUCUUGUAAGCUGGAUGGGACCCAUACGAGGAAGGCAAAAUCAUGCAUGAGGCAAAGACUGGUAAAAGCAGAGGCAUUUCCUUCUGCUUCCAUUGCACCAGUCAAAGCCCAGCAGCAAAAUCAAUCAGCAAGGCCACAGCUGACGCGUGCCAACCCCAUAGAGCAGAAUGGACACAAGCAUCUGGAGGAUGUGGUGUGUCGAGGUACCCCAGCUCCUCUGUGCAGCAAACCUAACCCUCCCUCAUUUUUCCCUCAAAUUAAAGCUCAGGCUGCAUGUGGCAGAGAGGCGGCGUGCCACAUCCCUGGCAACUUCCAGGAGGAGACAGGUUGGAGGCGGCUAAGGCUGCCUAGAGCACAAUGCCUAGAAGAGGAUCAGUGCAAUUCAAACACGUCAACACUAGGAUUAUCAGCAGAUGAGCGCAAGCUGGUCCAAGGUGUCCAAGGCAAAGGGCAGCGGGGAGAGAGGCUUCUUCGAGGACAGCCACAUGUUGGGAAAGGCAUCAAACAGCCGCCUGCACCUGCAGCCUCCUGGGAGAAUGGAAGUGCCAGGAAGAGCCACGAGGAGGAUGGCAGUAAGCAAGCUGCACUCUGAACCGACAGUCAGCUGAAGGUGGAAGCAGAGAACAGGAACUUGAUAGUCUGAAGCCAAGUGCUGCUAACUGCAGAUUAAUGAGGAAAAAAGCCUUGAUCGCAAAGCAUAACAAUGCAGUCCCUCUGGAAUGUCUCUAAUAAAAUAGGAUGAUGUCAUCAUAAAGCACACACAUGCAGAGGACUGGUAUAGACCGGAAUGUACUCCAACUGGAAACCUGAUUUCUAGUAUUUUAAGCAGGAAUGUACAACAUAAUGAUUACUCUUCGGCAGUGCUUAUUUAUUUAUUUUUUAUUAACUCAAAUGUCUCCAGUGUGAAAAUAGCUCCUUAUGAAAUCUCGGGGGUGUACUUGUUGGCACAAAGACCCGGAUCAAGAUUUUUUUGUGGCCCAAAAACAGAAAAUGCAAUGAAAAAAACCUGGUUUAUGAUCAGAUGUGUAGAUAGGUCGGGAGCGCAUUUGUUUUGUUAAAUUAUCAUUCUUUCUGAUUUGUUAAAGCAAUUCUGCUUUUCUAAGCAGAAUUAAUUCGACCUAUAGGCAGCUACAGGAGUUUCUGAAUGCCAGCUGAGUUUUUUGUUGUUGUUCGAUCACACUCCUCCACCCUGGAAGUGCUUUAAUGUGGCUUUUGGAAACGAGCCAGACAAGUAACAUUAGAGAAGUAACUCACCCCAAAGUAUGAACACGUGAUCUCACUGUCAUUACUGCCAUAAUAUACUAUCUGCUUUAUUCAUUAAAUUAUCUUUGGUAA